AUGCCAGAAUCUACUGCAGAGAUACCAACACCUCAGGCUACAAUGAUAUCAACACCUGAAGCUACCACGAAUCUACUAACACCUGAAUCUACCACAAACAAUGCAAUACAUGAUUCAACUGCAAGGAUAAAUACAGAUGGAUCUUCCACAGGAAUAACAACAUAUGAUUCAACACAAUGGAUAACAAACUUAGAAUCUACCGCAUCAACUACAUUAACCGAGUCUUCCUUAGAUAUGACAUCACUUGAAACUACACCAAUGAUGUCUGUGCAAGAAACUAUGUCGACAUUAGCAACACCUGAAUCUAACACGGCAAUAACAACAGCACCUGAAUCUACAGUAGCAAUACUAACACCUGAAUCUACCACAAACAAUGCAAUACAUGAUUCUACUGCAAGGAUAAAUACAGACGGAUCCUCCACAGGUAUAACAACAUAUGAUUCAACACAAUGGAUAACAAACUUAGAAUCUACCGCAGCAACUACAUUAACCGAGUCUUCCAUAGAGAUGACAUCACUUGAAACUUCACCAAUGAUGACUGUGCAAGAAACUAUGUCAACAUUAGCAACUCCUGAAUCUAACUCUGGAAUAGAAACAGCACCUGAAUCUAGUGUAGAAAUAUCAUCAAUUGAAACUACCACUGAUAUAACAACACUUGACUCAUCUAUACAAACUGAAUCUAUUACAGGAAUAACGAACCUACUGCCCACCAGUCACAUAACUAUGCCAGAAUCUACUGCAGAGAUACCAACACCUCAGGCUACAAUGAUAUCAACACCUGAAGCUACCACGAAUCUACUAACACCUGAAUCUACCACAAACAAUGCAAUACAUGAUUCUACUGCAAGGAUUAAUGCAGACGGAUCCUCCACAGGUAUAACAACAUCUGAUUCAACACAAAGGAUAACAAACUUAGAAUCUACCGCAGCAACUACAUUAACCGAGUCUUCCAUAGAGAUGACAUCACUUGAAGCUACACCAAUGAUGACUGUACAAGAAACUAUGUCAACAUUAGCAACACCUGAAUCUAACUCUGGAACAAAAACAGCACCUGAAUCUACUGUAGAAAUGUCAUCAAUUGAAGGUACAACUGAUAUAACAAUACUUGACUCAUCUAUAAAAACUGAAUCUAUUACAGGAAUAACGACACUACCGCCCACCAGUCACAUAACUAUGCCAGAAUCUACUGCAGAGAUACCAACACCUCAGGCUACAAUGAUAUCAACACCUGAAGCUACCACGAAUCUACUAACACCUAAAUCUACCACAAACAAUGCAAUACAUGAUUCUACUGCAAGGAUAAAUACAGACGGAUCUUCCACAGGAAUAACAACAUAUGAUUCAACACAAUGGAUAACAAACUUAGAAUCUACCACAUCAACUACAUUAACCGAGUCUUCCUUAGAUAUGACAUCACUUGAAACUACACCAAUGAUGUCUGUGCAAGAAACUAUGUCGACAUUAGCAACACCUGAAUCUAACACGGCAAUAACAACAGCACCUGAAUCUACAGUAGCAAUAUCAUCAAUUGAAACUACCACUGAUAUAACAAAACUUGACUCAUCUAUACAAACUGAAUCUAUUACAGGAAUAACGACACUACCACCCACCAGUCACAUAACUAUGCCAGAAUCUACUGCAGUGAUACCAACACCUCAGGCUACAAUGAUAUCAACACCUGAAGCUACCACGAAUCUACUAACACCUGAAUCUACCACAAACAAUGCAAUACAUGAUUCUACUGCAAGGAUAAAUACAGACGGAUCUUCCACAGGAAUAACAACAUAUGAUUCAACACAAUGGAUAACAAACUUAGAAUCUACCGCAUCGACUACAUUAACCGAGUCUUCCAUAGAUAUGACAUCACUUGAAACUACACCAAUGAUGUCUGUGCGAGAAACUAUGUCGACAUUAGCAACACCUGAAUCUAACACGACAAUAACAACAGCACCUGAAUCUACAGUAGCAAUAUCAUCAAUUGAAACUACCACUGAUAUAACAAAACUUGACUCAUCUAUACAAACUGAAUCUAUUACAGGAAUAACGACACUACCACCCACCAGUCACAUAACUAUGCCAGAAUCUACUGCAGUGAUACCAACACCUCAGGCUACAAUGAUAUCAACACCUGAAGCUACCACGAAUCUACUAACACCUGAAUCUACCACAAACAAUGCAAUACAUGAUUCUACUGCAAGGAUUAAUGCAGACGGAUCCUCCACAGGUAUAACAACAUCUGAUUCAACACAAAGGAUAACAAACUUAGAAUCUAGCGCAGCAACUACAUUAACCGAGUCUUCCAUAGAGAUGACAUCACUUGAAGCUACACCAAUGAUGACUGUGCAAGAAACUAUGUCAACAUUAGCAACUCCUGAAUCUAACUCUGGAAUAGAAACAGCACCUGAAUCUAGUGUAGAAAUAUCAUCAAUUGAAACUACCACUGAUAUAACAAAACUUGACUCAUCUAUACAAACUGAAUCUAUUACAGGAAUAACGAACCUACUGCCCACCAGUCACAUAACUAUGCCAGAAUCUACUGCAGAGAUACCAACACCUCAGGCUACAAUGAUAUCAACACCUGAAGCUACCACGAAUCUACUAACACCUGAAUCUACCACAAACAAUGCAAUACAUGAUUCUACAGCAAGGAUUAAUGCAGACGGAUCCUCCACAGGUAUAACAACAUCUGAUUCAACACAAAGGAUAACAAACUUAGAAUCUACCGCAGCAACUACAUUAACCGAGUCUUCCAUAGAGAUGACAUCACUUGAAGCUACACCAAUGAUGACUGUGCAAGAAACUAUGUCAACAUUAGCAACACCUGAAUCUAACUCUGGAACAAAAACAGCACCUGAAUCUACUGUAGAAAUGUCAUCAAUUGAAGGUACAACUGAUAUAACAAUACUUGACUCAUCUAUAAAAACUGAAUCUAUUACAGGAAUAACGACACUACCGCCCACCAGUCACAUAACUAUGCCAGAAUCUACUGCAGAGAUACCAACACCUCAGGCUUCAAUGAUAUCAACACCUGAAGCUACCACGAAUCUACUAACACCUAAAUCUACCACAAACAAUGCAAUACAUGAUUCUACUGCAAGGAUAAAUACAGACGGAUCUUCCACAGGAAUAACAACAUAUGAUUCAACACAAUGGAUAACAAACAUAGAAUCUACCGCAUCAACUACAUUAACCGAGUCUUCCAUAGAUAUGACAUCACUUGAAACUACACCAAUGAUGUCUGUGCAAGAAACUAUGUCGACAUUAGCAACACCUGAAUUUAACACGGCAAUAACAACAGCACCUGAAUCUACAGUAGCAAUAUCAUCAAUUGAAACUACCACUGAUAUAACAAAACUUGACUCAUCUAUACAAACUGAAUCUAUUACAGGAAUAACGACACUACAACCCACCAGUCACAUAACUAUGCCAGAAUCUACUACAGAGAUACCAACACCUCAGGCUACAAUGACAACAGCACCUGAAGCUACCACAAAUCUACUAACACCUGAAUCUACCACAAACAAUACAAUACAUGAUUCUACUGCAAGGAUAAGUACAGACGGAUCCUCCACAGGUAUAACAACAUAUGAUUCAACACAAUGGAUAACAAACUUAGAAUCUACCGCAGCAACUACAUUAACCGAGUCUUCCAUAAAGAUAACAUCACUUGAAACUACACUAAUGAUGACUGUGCCAAAAACUAUGUCAACAUUAGCAACACCUAAAUCUAACUCUGGAAUAGAAACAGCACCUGAAUCUAGUGUAGAAAUAUCAUCAAUUGAAACUACCACUGAUAUAACAAAACUUGACUCAUCCAUACAAACUGAAUCUAUUACAGGAAUAACGAACCUACUGCCCACCAGUCACAUAACUAUGCCAGAAUCUACUACAGAGAUACCAACCCCUCAGGCUACAAUGACAACAACACCUGAAGCUACCACAAAUCUACUAACACCUGAAUCUACCACAAACAAUGCAAUACAUGAUUCUACUGCAAGGAUUAAUACAGACGGAUCCUCCACAGGUAUAACAACAUCUGAUUCAACACAAUGGAUAACAAACUUAGAAUCUACCGCAGCAACUACAUUGACUGAGUCUUCCAUAGAGAUGACAUCACUUGAAGCUACACCAAUGAUGACUGUGCAAGAAACUAUGUCAACAUUAGCAACACCUGAAUCUAACACUGCAAUAACAACAGCACCUGAAUCUAGUGUAGAAAUAUCAUCAAUUGAAACUACCACUGAUAUAACAAAACUUGACUCAUCUAUACAAACUGAAUCUAUUACAGGAAUAACGACACUGCCGCCCACCAGUCACAUAACUAUGCCAGAAUCUAAUACAGAGAUACCAACACCUCAGGCUACAAUGACAACAACACCUGAAGCUACCACAAAUCUAAUAACACCUGAAUCUACCACAAACAAUGCAAUACAUGAUUCUACUGCAAGGAUAAAUACAGACGGAUCCUCCACAGGUAUAACAACAUAUGAUUCAACACAAUGGAUAACAAACUUAGAAUCUACCGCAGCAACUACAUUAACCGAGUCUUCCAUAGAGAUGACAUCACUUGAAACUACACAAAUGAUGACUGUGCAAGAAACUAUGUCAACAUUAGCAACUCCUGAAUCUAACUCUGGAACAAAAACAGCACCUGAAUCUACUGUAGAAAUGUCAUCAAUUGAAACUACCACUGAUAUAACAAAACUUGACUCAUCUAUACAAACUGAAUCUAUUACAGGAAUAACGACACUACCGCCCACCAGUCACAUAACUAUGCCAGAAUCUACUACAGAGAUACCAACACCUCAUGGUACAAUGAUAACAACACCUGAAUCUACCACAAAUCUACUAACACCUGAAUCUACCACAAACAAUGCAAUAUAUGAUUCUACUGCAAGGAUUAAUACAGACGGAUCCUCCACAGGUAUAACAACAUCUGAUUCAACACAAUGGAUAACAAACUUAGAAUCUACCGCAGCAACUACAUUAACCGAGUCUUCCAUAGAGAUGACAUCACUUGAAGCUACACCAAUGAUGACUGUGCAAGAAACUAUGUCAACAUUAGAAUCUCCUGAAUCUAACUCUGGAACAAAAACAGCACCUGAAUCUACUGUAGAAAUGUCAUCAAUUGAAACUACCACUGAUAUAACAAAACUUGACUCAUCUAUACAAACUGAAUCUAUUACAGGAAUAACGACACUACCGCCCACCAGUCACAUAACUAUGCCAGAAUCUACUACAGAGAUACCAACACCUCAGGGUACAAUGAUAACAACACCUGAAUCUACCACAAAUCUACUAACACCUGAAUCUACCACAAACAAUGCAAUACAUGAUUCUACUGCAAGGAUUAAUACAGACGGAUCCUCCACAGGUAUAACAACAUCUGAUUCAACACAAUGGAUAACAAACUUAGAAUCUACCGCAGCAACUACAUUAACCGAGUCUUCCAUAGAGAUGACAUCACUUGAAGCUACACCAGUGACGACUGUGCAAGAAACUAUGUCAACAUUAGCAACACCUGAAUCUAACUCUGGAACAAAAACAGUACCUGAAUCUACUGUAGAAAUAUCAUCAAUUGAAACUACCACUGAUAUAACAAAACUUGACUCAUCUAUACAAACUGAAUCUAUUACAGGAAUAACGACACUACCGCCCACCAGUAACAAAACUAUGCCAGAAUCUACUACAGAGAUACCAACACUCAGGCUACAAUGA